AUGAUUAAACUACUACCAGCCACUAAAAGAUCAAUUAGAUGUUUGACAACAACUUCAUCAACUCAUGAAUUACUAGAUAAAUGGAAUUGUCUAAUAUCGACUGUGACCAUUGAACCAACAUCUACUGGACCAUUAUCUGGCACGAAAUAUAUUCUAAAAGAUAAUAUAGUUACUAAAAACAGUACCUCCACCGCUGCAUCAAAGACCUUAUCUAAUUAUAAAUCUCCCUUCAAUGCCACUAUUGUUGACUUACUCUCAUCUCAAGGAUCAACACUUGUUGGUAAAUCAAACUUGGAUGAAUUUGGAAUGGGUUCAGCAAAUUUGAAUUCUUAUUUUGGACCCGUGAUUAAUCCACAAGAUAAACCUAAAAUUACUGGUGGUUCUUCUGGAGGUAGUGCUGCUGCUGUAUCUAGUGGAAUAUGCGAUUUUUCAAUUGGUACAGAUACUGGAGGUUCUGUAAGAUUACCUGCUUCUUAUUGUCAGGUUUUUGGUUUCAAACCAACCUACGGUAGGAUUUCUCGUUGGGGUGUUAUUCCGUAUGCUCAAACUUUGGAUACUGUGGGGAUUUUGGGAAAUAAUAUUGAUAUCAUCCAUGAAGUUUAUAAUGUUCUUAAUAAGUAUGAUGAAAAAGAUCCUACAUCAUUACCCGAAGAGGUCAGAAACAAGAUUGAUGCGACUAUAAACACUGAAAAACUUGUUAUUGGUAUCCCGGAAGAAUUCAUUCUUGAUGAGUUAUCUGAUGCUGUGAGAAAUUCAUGGAAGGAAAUUUUAGUCAGGUUACAAGAACAAGGUCAUGAAAUCAAGCCUAUAUCUAUUGGCAGUAUUAAAAAAUCAUUACCGGCAUACUACACCCUAGCAACUGCCGAAGCCGCUUCCAAUCUUUCAAGAUAUGAUGGAAUACGAUAUGGUGAUAAUUCACAAAAUCAAGUUGAAACUGCUUCUGAUUUGAUAUUCAGUAAUAGAUCAACAAAUUUCGGUCCUGAAGUACAACGAAGAAUUAUUCUUGGUAAUUAUACAUUAUCUUCAGAUUCAGGGGAUCAUUAUCUUCGAGCAACUGAAAUUCGUCGAGAAUUAUGUAUUGAAUUUUCCACAUCAUUUAAAAAAUCUCAUAUUUUACUUCAAGAUGGUGAAACAUCAACUGGGGUUGAUUUAAUAAUUGCUCCAACAGCCACUAAAUCAGCACCGAAUGUCGAUGAAUUUGUAUCUGAAAACGAAGAAAAUUUCUUGAAUGGAUAUGUUAAUGACGUAUUAACUGUUCCAGCAUCAUUGACUGGUAUACCUACUAUAUCUAUCCCAUUCAAUGGAAUCGGUAUUCAAUUAAUGGGUCAGUUUGGUGACGAUGAAUUGGUCUUACAAGUUGCCAAAGAUUUAUCAAAUUAA